AUGAGUCCAGCAGAACAAGUGGCUGGCGGGGAUAUGCAAAGCAAGCCCAAAUGGACGGUGGCGAUUGAUUUAACGGCAAAGCCCAACAUCUCGGUAACCGACGUGGCAUCGUGCUUUCUCGCGUGCCUCGGGGUGAGAUCGUCAAGCGAAGAGCACGAGCAGCACACGGUCACCUGUUUUAGGGGGGCCCCGCCCCGCAGCAGAAUGUUCUCUGUGGCUGGGCUCUGCCGCGUCUUGAGCACCAUUACGGCGACUCAGAUGCUGUACGACGGAUCUCCCUGCUUCAAGCUCGGUCUAAUGGCCGCCAAUUUCGCCAUUCUCGAUGCUACAAGAGACUAUUCCAAGAUUCACAUCGUCGAUUUCGACCUGGGCCAGGGCGGACAGUACGCUUCCCUGAUCAACUCCAUCGCCGAGCGGUCCCGUCACCGUUUAUCUCCUCCGUUUGUUAAGAUCACCGCUGUGUGCGACCCAACUUUCCCCUUCAACACUCUCAUCACGGUCAACAACCUCAACAUCAUCGGCGACAAGAUCACCAGGCUCGCCGAGCGCUUCGGCAUCACCGUCAAGUUCAACGUCCUGAACUGGAGGAUGACGGAGCUCGAUCGCUCCGUGCUCGGGUGCGAGCCCGGCGAGGCAUUGGCGGUCAAUUUCGCAUUCGUUUUGUCUCGGAUUGCCGACGAGAGCGUCUCUCCAGCGAACCCACGUGAUCAGCUUCUCCGGCGAGUGAAGUCCCUCGAGCCCAGCGUCGUCAAAAAGAAAACUGUAAAUGAUUAUUGCAUGUUUCAUGAAUUGGAAAUAAGCCAACUUUUUGCCCUUUCUUUGUUUGCUGAAAAGAUGUAG